UCUAGAGUGUAAGAUCAUAACGUCAGUAGAACUAGAUUUCUCUACCAUGCAUUUCUUUGGAUUAGUCAACUUGGUGUUUAUGUUUUUGUCCAUGCAUAUCCUGUUGUUGAAAACUGGACUAUGUAACGACAACGAAGAAAUGCUUCCUAGAAUAGGAAUUGUUGGUGCUGGCCUUGGUGGAACAUCUUGUGCCUUUUACUUGCGGCAGUUACUGGGCAGCAAAGCAACCAUAGAUAUUUUUGAAGCUUCAAAAGUUGGUGGUAGAACAGCAGUCAUCAAAAUUAACGGUCAAAAGUUUGAAGCUGGUGGCAGUGUCAUUCAUAAUCAAAAUAAAUACAUGGUCGACUUUGCUGAAAAGUUCAAUAAAAAAAGACUGUCCAGAUCUGAUGGUAUCUUUGGUUUGUACAGUAAUGGAGACAUUGUGUUUGAGACAAGCAGGUGGACAGCUGUGACUUUAUCCAAACUCUUGUGGCGCUAUGGAUUGGAUGCUUACAAAAUUCAUGACUGGACUAAGAAUUUUCUUUCAAAAAAAUUUAACAGGAUCUAUGAGUUCCAGGAUGGUGGAAUGGCAUUCACCACUGUGGAAGACAUGCUGCGUGCAAUGGGUGAUGAGCUUCUCAACAUGACGCACUUUUCUUUGAAGGAUGUUUUGCUAGACAUUGGAGUGUCCGAGAAGUUCAUUGAUGAGCUGGCUCAGGGGGUCAUGAGAAAUAACUAUGCACAGUCCACAGGUGUACAUGGUUUGGUGGGUGCUGUUUCUUUAAUUGGUGCUGAGCCAGGUUUGUGGUCAGUAGAAAAUGGCAACAAGGAAAUCUCUGAAGCAUUACUGCAGGAGUCAAAAGCAAAUUUUAUUGAAGCCAAUGUGAAGACUGUCACUUUGUACAAAGAUGAGCUGGGCACUGGUAGCAUAUCCUACGAAGUAGAUUAUGAAAAUCAGAAUGAGAAAUCUGAAAGUACUGAAACCAGAGAGUACGACAUUGUCAUCCUUGCAGCGCCUCUGGAAGGAACUAAGUUUAAGAUAGCCUUCGCAGACUUCCCUGGCCCAAUGCCACCAUUUUCGCAGAAGUUCCACACCACCGUGGCCAUGUUUGUUCUAGGUAAAGUAAACACGACAACAUUUCAUCUGGACAAUCCAGACGACUUUCCUGCUGACCUUUUCACCUCACAGCCUGACAGUUUCUUCAACUCAAUAGGCAAACUGUCCCCAGUCGACACUGCCCAACCUGAGCAUGCCUAUGAGCCGGGACAGGCUGUGUGGAAAACAUUCCUGAACAAAAACCCAAACCAAGAAGAAAUAAGUAGUUUGUUUGAAAGCCGUGAAGAUUUGAGACUAGUGGAUUGGCUGGCCUACCCCGAGUAUGCACCCAAUAUGAAGCUGCCUCCAUUUCAGCUGUACGAUAGGCUUUACUAUAUCAAUGCCAUUGAGUCUGCCGCGUCUGCAAUGGAGAUGGCAGUAAUAGGCUCCAGAAAUGUAGCCUUGCUGGCAUACAACCAGUGGUUUGGCCAUUUUGACAAGAUUGAUGAAAUCCAUCUACAAACUCCAUCGGCAGACAAUAAGAAUUCUGAAUUGUAACCAUAGUCCUCGUGUAGUUAACAUAUUUUAUAUUUUAAUUUUUUGGCUUCGGUUAUUGUUGUUUGUUGUUCAAAAUGUUGUUAUUAUAAUAAUUGCUGAAAUUUUCUUGAUAACAGAAACUUGCAUGAAAUGUUUGAUGAUGUGAUAACUAAAUGAAUCUUUUUUUUUUUUAAUAUAUACACAUUAGUUAUAUCCCUUACUUUUAUUCUGGCAUUACUGAAAGUUUGUAUGAAAUGAUGAAUUGGGCUAAGUCUCGUCUGAUAAAGGAAGAAAUUGUCCCAGCAGGUGCUGGAUUCAUGUUGGACGUGUCCCAAACUUUACAAAUUAUUAUUUUAUACUUUAUGUGUUUCUAAAGUUACGAUUUAACUAAACCAUCACAUGUCAAUGUUUUUGAAUUUAUUGUUUUAGUGAUCUUUAUUUUUUGAGAUGUCACAUUUGACAUUGUUUGAAUAGCCCUGCAGUAUUCAAUGACAUAUGCCUGUUUGAAUAGCCCUGCAGUAUUCAAUGACAUAUGCCUG